CGCGUGUGCCGCUCAAAGAUGUCAUCCCCAGAAACCACUACCCUGGCAGACCCCGUGGUCACUGUUCUCGGCCGAGACCCGCCCCGGCGCAAAUGUCUGCUCAACGGCGCCGCUUUUCAACAGGAUGCCGUGGUCUCCCUCGCCGGCUGGCAAUAUGCCGUCUUUUACAGUCCCCUGCCCGGGUCCGAAGAGCCGGUCUUUGUGCACGUGGCUCGCCGAAAGCUCCCGGCCAGCGCAUGGGAGGUUUUGGUUCUUCAGGACUACUCACAGACGGUUGAUGAUGGACACAAUACGGUGCAGAUGGGCAUUUGUGUCGGGGACGGCACUAUUCACCUUUCAUAUGACCACCACUGCGAUGUCCUGAGAUACCGCCAAUCGGUCCAAGGUCUGGCCAUCAACCCAGAACGGUUCACCUGGAACGCAGAGCUAUUCACCCCAACUCUGGACCACCUACCCGGUCUGCCCAACACCCAUGAGCACUUCGGCUACGUCACGUAUCCGCGCUUCAUUAACUCAGGCCGCGGUCAAGACAUGUUAAUGUCGUUCCGCACCGGCAAGGCCGGGCUCGGUGAUGACCAUCUAUACGUCUACCGCGCAGCGGUGGCGCGCUUCGAGCUUGUGGGCACACACCUCGUGGGCGUGCAGAGCAACCCUUACGUGCACGGCAUGGAUGUCGAUGCCCAGAGUGGCCGCCUGCACGUCACGUGGGUCUACCGCGGCUUCGUCCACUAUGAAGGCUGGGAUGACCCGCUCGAUACCAAGCAUAAGCAGCAGGCGGGACCCAACGGGGCCGAAAAUAAUCACAACCUCUGCUAUGCGUACAGUGAUGACUGUGGGCGAACCUGGCGCAACACGCACGACCAGACCGUGGCGGAUUUGGGAAGUGACAAGGCGGCCGGGGUCAGGCCGGAUGCGGUUGGGUUGGUGGUUUUUGAGAUUCCCAAAGGAUCGGGCUUGACGAACCAGGAGAGCCAGGUGGUCGAUCCAGAUGGGGGCGUCCACGUUUUGAACAGGACAUGCUCGCCUGGUUCCAGCAAGGCAGAAUGGCGCCAUUUCUACAGAGAACAUGAGAAAGGUAUAAUGCUCCCCUUGGCCCCGACCGUGACGUCGUUGACCGACCAAUUUACACUUUCAGGACAAUGGCAACAAAGCUCCAUCGGGAUAACUGCAGAUGGCAGACGCGGAAGGCUUGCAGUCAGCCAGUCUGGUGAUCUCUUUAUUAUCCUCCCGGACUCGAACGUUCUGGGUUUAACGAUCCUGAGGGCAUUGAAGACCAACGGCUAUGCAGAGUACCAGCGCAUAUGGCAGGGCGAUGGUCUAUCAGGAGAGCCCCUAGUCGACAUUCGAAGGCUGAACGAAGGCGACGGAGUGUUAUCAGUGUUUACGAGGCGUGUUCGAGAUGACAAGAAGGAAGUGGUCGUCCUGGACUUUGAGCUACCAUAAUGACGCAGCUUUGUAGUUGCGGGCUGCGGGAGACAAGAG